UGGGCGGAGCUUGUGUCCUUCUCUCUUCCCCCAGUCCCCUCCUCGGAAGUAGACGUAGCUGUCUAUAUUCCAUUCUUUUAUUUUUAUACAUUUUUUACCCCUUUCCCCAAUACUCAGCACCAUGGCCGCCAAGAUGGACGACUAAACAGAAGAACGGGUCCCCGAUUUCACCCCUAAAUUAUCCUUGAAUCGAUCGGACCGGAUGAAAUCCAACUGUGGUUUUCUCCGCUUCGCAGGGGAGGUAAGGCUUUGGGCUACGUCUACUUUCUGGGUUUGAGUCAGCAAUUUAAAUGCCCCUGCCAUACACUGUAUCCACGGAUUGGCGUAAAUACUUCUUCACUUGAUAAACACGACACAAUGUUAGGUCGCAUAUCAUCGAUUGAAUGAUUUAAAUGUUAAAAUUUUCACAAUAUGAGCGCGACGUCAUCGCAGCUAGCGAGUUGCUAACGACGCUAGGCAGACAACUUCGCUCUGAUCCAGCCAAUAGUCAUACACAAGUGAUAAUGAAAGUAAUUGGACUGUAAUGCACCUGCUUUGGGAGGCCCGGGGAUCAGGUAAUUCUCGAAAUAAUGAGAGAAUUUGUCCAAGUAUUCAGAUGGUAUCUGAUUAAGUAAGUAAAAACAAAGCUGUUUGUUUGAUAGUUAGCUGUUACGUAACUGUAUAUCAAGGCUGAAGCCAGCACAAAGUUUGUUUAUAUGGAGUGUGAUAAGAUAUUGCGAUUGUAAAUACAGCUUUGCCCAGACUUGUUGUUAUAGUUUGAACUAUAGAUUAGUAAGUAAAUUUACCAUAAGCAUAUAUCAGCGCUCAAAAUUUGUAUUACAAAUCUGUUAUACUUUUGCUGUGUUGAUGUUCAUUUAAAAAAUAAAUAAAUAAAUAAAAAAAAAAAAAAUAUAUAUAUAUAUAUAUAUAUAUAUAUAUAUAUAUAUGUAUAAUGUUGAAGUCCUUUUUCUUUGUAAUUUAACACUAAAAGGUACAAGUUUAUAUAUUAGGUAUUCAUUACAUGUUAAAUGUAAUGAACAUUUUCCAAGAUCAGUCAAAAAAAGUUAGAAAAUGUUAAACCCUGUUAAAUGACCAUUUGUUACCUUCAUAAGUUGGGGUUACUUUACCACAAAUCUCUGCAGCAAUGUAGGGUAGCAUGAGGGCUUGUAUCACUCUAUACCACUGCUGAUGGGUUAUUUAAGUCCAUCGUGCUUUGAUAGUGGCAUCCAGCUCCUCUGUAUUUUGGGGGUUGGGUAUUUGUCAACUUCCUGUAGAAAAUACCAUUUGCAUUCUCAGUGGGGUUCAGAUCAGGCCGAUCGACCGGCCAGUCAACCACAGUAAUAUCAUAGCUAGCAAAUCAUUUGGUUCUUUAGGUGCUGUGGGCAGGUGCAAAGUCAUGCUGGAAAACAAAACCAGCAUCGUCAUGACGGGAGCAUGAAGUGCUCUUCAAUCUCCUGGUAGACGGCUGCAUUGACUGCACAGAGUUAAUCGAACACAGCUGACCAACACCAGCAGAUUACAUAGCAUCCUGAUUUAUCAGAGACCGCAGAGACUUCACACUGGACUCUUUACCAUGCUUUCACACAGCACUUGUGAACAGCCAGCCUCUCCAGCAAUGACCAAUUUUGGCUUAACCUUACAUGAACUCAAACUCAAAAUCGAAUAAAUCUAUGUGUUGAGUUAAGAAUUAUGAUGUUUUUUAGACUGUAGGCCACAAUUAUCAAAACAGAAAUGGAAAAAUGCCCCAAACAUUUUGUUUUGCAUGACAAGAGUCCAGAAUAUGUUCCAUCUCAGUUUCCUGUCGACAUGCACAAUGGCCUAAUAACAUAAUGGACGAUUCUAAUACCACUGUUUUUCACAACGUAGUUCUUGUAAAGGUGUGAAAGAAUGAGGAGUGUUGGAUCUGCAUUUGAAUUCAUCACUUUCUCUAUAAUAUAAAAUGUCUUGGCACUGCUUGUUGUUAUGCAGUCACUGCUGCUAUGAGAGAUGAGGAGAAUAAUUUCUUUUUGCCACAUGUUGUUUCGAAAGGUGUAGACUUGUGACCAAUGAAUCCAGGAACCAGAUGAGGCAAAUAAAGGCACUCUGAUAUAACUGUCAUACCCGUCUGUCCUGUCCUGAAGAGUUGAUAUUUUUUUUCUCCUGUAGAGCUGACAGAUUUUACUUCAGUCCUCCUGAACGGUUUUCUAAAAAAUAUUCUGCGGGAACAAAGGACAAACCUUGAAUAUGUUUCAUUUAUGUCUCUGUGCAGGUAGCUGUAUCCAGUGGGGAGGUAGGCUCAUCCAGGGGAGGACAGAAUGAAGUUCAUCGACCCCUGGGGACGCCAGAGGCUGUCUUUUCUUCUAGAAAAGGCAGCCUCUAGGGAAGCCAAGAUGUGGAGGGUCUGCGUGCCAAAGAAACCCUCCUCACAGGUGAGCACUUUAACCUGUGUGUACCUUUGUUCAUUUUCUAGUUACUGAAGUCAGAGGAUAUGAUUACAGAUUCAAAACACAUUGCAUCAUUUCCCAUGCUGCAAUUUAAGGCACAUUGUUUAGGUUGGAUGUAUUAUUUUUACCUUUUCUUACGAUUACCAUAAUGUUUCCUGCAGAUUAUGUCUGGAGAUUAAGAUGGCAUGUUUUAUCUAUAGAUGAUUACAGAGGUAUUAUUCCUUUCAAACACACUGGUUCUUUUAUUUGCAGUAGGUUGUAGGUUGCUGAUUUUGCAGCGUCAGAGGCACGGCAGUAGAUAACACAUGAGUCACUGAACACACAUUCAUCACCGGCUGGUCUAACCCACUUCACACGUCAGAAGACACAUUUUCAAAUGAUGUCAUAACGUCUGGUUUCAUCACACCCUUAUUGGGGUACGCCCAGUUUCUGGGCUUGUCUGAACAUGUUCGACACCCCUGAAAUUACUUCAAACAUUAACUUUGAAUCAACGUGUAGUUCGUUCACCUUGUCAAUAAAAGAGUUUUUUGAUUUCAGAUCAGUUUGUCAUGGAUUGGACAUGUUUUUGGAUUCAAAAUUUAUAUUGAGAUAGAAAAUUGACAUGACAAAACCAGCAAUGGGCAGUGACUGAUUUAGUCUAAUAAUUUGUUUGGGGGAAAUGUAGUAAUAUGGUUGCAAACCUAAUCAAAGACACAUGAUAACAUUACCUAAUAAGAGCAUACACACUUGUGACGUUACUAGUACAUAGAUGUUGUAAAAUACACUCUAAAAAAUUAAUUAAGCUAUUCUUUUAAGUAUUUCUUUGUGGAUAAAGAUCAGGGUAAACUUUGGUGGAGUUUUCAUGAACAAACUGCUUUUUAUUCAGGUCCAUAUCUCACAAUUUACAGAGGUAGCCUCUAAAUAAAUAAAGCAACUUUUAAAAAAAGUAUAGUUAUACAAAGUAGGAAAUGGAGAAACUGAAAUGCAGGUGAGAAAAUUUAUGAAUAACAGCAAAGAAGUUUCAGUGACACAGCCAGUGACAUGCAUAGAUCAUAAAUGAAAACAAUUAGAAAUGAAUGAAGCCAUGUAAGUUCAUUGUGUUUAAUAGGAAAAUGUAUGGACCUGCAGUAUGAAUCAUAUAUUCCAGUUAAACUCGAUGUGUUGUCUCAAGUUUCAAGUCUUACAUGAGUAACACAAUGAUAUCAUUAUGGCCACAAUAAUCAUGAGGUGAAAAUCAGAUAUUGGGACAGUCCUUGUGUCAACAUUUUUUUUACCUUAACUUAUGACAAAAAAGCCAGAGAUUUUCUUUUCAUUUUGACCUGCUGAAAAUUCUUGAAGGAUUUUUGCAAAGUUGGCCUCUCAUUCAUGUUUCUCAUCACGGGACAUUUCCCCUUCAGGCAGUAGGCACCGAGUCACGUUUACAACAUAACCAAGAAAGUCAGGGAAUCUCUCAGAGCUUAAUGCGAUGAUGAGAUCAUAUUAUGUCUUGUUUAUCAAUUGUAUGAAUGACUGAAUGUUUUCAGUGUAAUAAAAAAAGAGUGUAAAGGAACAUGCUGGCGAGAAGAAAAGAGCAUAAAGCUUCAUUACAUAUAAAAAAGUCAUGAAGGUUUACAUGAUGUAAACGUAAUCAUAUCUUCUCGCACACAAAGAACUCUGAACUACCUGCUGAGUUCAAAGCUCACCUCAGUUUCUUGCUGAAACCCUCUCAGUGUGGGUAAAGACUGGUUGAAAAAGUCUUCUAUGUGUUCACAAAUGCACCCCACUCUGAAAAUACUGGAAAUUCUCAGGAGUGUAUUGCACGUGUUAAAAGGUGUGAAAUCCAGGAUGUUGCAUGCAGACACAGUGUUUUACUACCUAAUAGUAUUCUGUCUCCUUUAGUAGAUAAUAAGGAAGUUGUUCUGCAUUAAUACAGAGGUGUUUCCCCCCUGCAACAUUUCCUGCUCUGGGACUUGUUGCAGUGGAUCCCCUCAGUGUGCCAUACUGUAGUGGUGAUCAAGUUUGAUCAAGCUAAUGAAGCUAAUUGAGCAGAUGGGAUUGGCAGUGGGGCAUCCCUAGUCACUAAUCUGUACAGGAGACGCCUGCAGCACUGCAGUAACACCGCUGAAGAAGCACUGAUGCUCAGAAUAAUGCAGUAUUUAAAAAAGUAUUUUGCAGCAGGAAUAAACUUUCAUCAUCACAACACAAGCACACAACCACUUCAUGUUUGUUGCAUGUGACCUACACUCUGUUUACUUACUCUUAGCUGAUCAGCAAUUUAAGUAAACCGGAAUUAGCAUCAGAGCAAUCUCUGACUGUUAAUCCAGAUCUUCUGCUGCUGAGUCACUGCUGCGUGCACAUAUGUCUGCCAGGAUAAUCUGGCCAGUAGGGCAUUCUGGACCUCCUGCUGUAGAUCUGUUGGGUUUAGAUCCUGCAGUAUUAUCUGGUUAGCUCAAUAUGGAAAGCUUUAAUACCCAUCCAAACACCUCCUUUUGUUUAAUCGAUUGUUAGUGAUGAUAAAAAAAAAAGAAAAUAUUGCUUUCACAACAAUAUUUUAAGCAUUUAUUUGUAAAAUGUGUACACAAAUAAAGCCCGAUAAACAUCACAAAAUAAACAAUAAUUUUUUACUUACAUGUGAGCGCUUCUCUGCCUCUGGUCCUGCCUAUCAGUAGUUUUGUGAUAACGGUCAUGAGAGGCAGUAAAUGACUAGACUGAGACAGAAGUUACGAAACUUAUCUGCACCUUUAGCCGCAUUAGCAGACAAGUAAACUGGUGUAGGAGGUCAGGGGAGCAGUCAGUCUCCAGAUAGAUGUGUAAACACCUGCAGAGGUGCUGUAUGAAAACAACUCUGUAUUGUAAUAACUUUCUUGUUUAAUUGAAUUUCCUGCAAAAAAUGACUCCAAACACGUCUGUUUUAAUGCAGUCUCAAGCUCAAGGACCAUGACUUUGCACUUGCAGACAUGGGUUGGGGGCAUAUUUUUUAAAAAGGGAGAUGCUGUGUGUGCUCCAGUUACCCUGAACUUGUCAAACACACUUUGUGACCUUUCCGGCCUCCAGAAAGAACCAGCAACCAGUGACUCAUUUUCUACUACACAUUCCUUUCCUCUGCAGCCUGAAGAAACUGCAGACGAUGAACGGAUGACACUGACAGAUUUGGUCUUUUUGGGAAACAGGUUGGAAAUAGGCCAGUUGUUUUUAGUUUGGACGGUAAAGAGCUUAGAAGCUGAGCAGUGUCAGGUUGCAGAACAGUUUUCCAGCGGGUCAGCGGCCUUCUGACUUUUGACCCCUGCUGAUAGUCCAGUGUUACAUAUACCGCACUCACUGCACCAUUUUUUCAGCUCAUAAUGCAACUUUACAAACGAAAUUACUAUUUAACCACAAAGAUGAAUUUUUAAAUUUGAUUAUUUUUAUAUUUUAUAACUAUAAAGCAGCAAAUUCAUGUGUAUAAAGCCUUUGUAUUUGAUUCAUGAUAGCCCUGCUACAUGACCAGAAAACUCACCCUAUUGAUUGUAAUAAUUUUCUGUCUCAGCAUCAAUUCUGACCUGUAACUUAGUAUCAUAUAAAGACCUGUGGUUAGUUAGACUAUAGCUGGUCAAUAGAAAAUUGAAAGUGUCAAGUAAUUUGACAUUUAAGGCAGCUUUUGGUAACAGUAACUAGCAUCUAUUAUGAACCCUACUCACCCACAAAUGAACAUGUAUCAUAACCACAGUUGAACAAUUCAUACUUGACUCCUGUCAUUUAGGUUUUCAUGCACAAAUUCUGUGGUGGAAGCACAUUAAAUACUGUGAAUGGAUGCAUUGUUUUAGAUCAACACACCAUUCAUGAUUAUUAUUCAGACAUUUCUGGUGUGGGACACAAAAAGAAAACUCUAUUCUAUCUGGGCUCUACCGCAUGUGUCAAAAACAGCUUUUAAAAGAGUAAUAACACAAAGAGACCUGUGAGCAAUGAACGAGCUCUUUGAGGAUUUAGUUUUAGUUAACUAGUUUGCAUCACAGACAUUUAAGACGUUCAUUUAAAAGUGCAAAAUUGUCAAAAUUUGGACCUUAAAAAUGGGUUUCAUUAGCAAAACUACUAACUUGAGUUCAGGCCUACAUAUAUGCUGGAUAUUUGCUUUGUUAAGGCCCCAUCAUGACUGUUUCACACUCAACAUUGUAAAUGCCUUUAAGCAAUAAACAGACAAUUCACUUAGCAGAGGAAGGAAUGCCCACCCAGCCUGACGUAGUUUGGAAAAGUCAUCUGCUUUGUCUUCCCUCUUUUUGUUUUUGCACAUGGACAACAGCUUGUAACGCCGAGUUCAGAGAUAGAAAAAAAUAAUCAUGUUCGUUUCCUUUGUAGUCUUCAAUUUUAAAGGAUUAUCGUAAAUAAAUCAAAUCUAGGAGAGAAGAUGUGUAUACCGUACGUAAGAGCAUACUGGGAGCAUAUCAGGGAGAGACUCAAGGCUAGAAAUUAAAGCAAACAAUUAAAUUAUUACUGAAUUGCCCGUCAGGGAUCAAUAAAGUUCUUCUUCUUCUUAAACAGAUUUGCUUAGAGAGGAUUAAAAAAGACAGAAAAUAUGGCUGCGGUUUGUUCCCUGAAGUCCAAAUAAUAAUAGUAGUUAUUAUCUGUGUUAAAUCCAUGUUGAUUUCUCUAGACCAACAGAAGAACGAUGUAGAAAUCCCUUUUUUACAAAGUUUAAUAUUUUCUUUAGGAGGAAGCCUGUCCGUCUGAUUUACACUUCAGCUGUCAGAUGACUUAAAAACUGGAAUUUCUGGCAUGUUUUUACACCACUUUUGGUCAAGCUGUAGAGGAACAUCCUGUCUUUUUCUGUUUAGUGAAGUAUGUCAGACUCCGACCCCCAAGAAGUACCCCAACUCAAAAACUGAUCUGGAUUAGAAAGUCCUGUUUGGCCCUGCAGCAGAAACCAGGCCAAGAGAAAAGGAGCUCCUCUGGGCCUCUUUUCUGUUGUUUCCUUUGUGUGUCUUUGACCAGAAAUAGAUUCUCUUGUGCUCUCUGCGUCCUCACUUCUGCUUUCGGGGUCAGCUGUUGGAUUGAUGUUUAUAGACAGAGUUUGCCAAAGGUAGUUUCGUGUUUACUCGUUUAUGUCGCUCUUUUGUUAAAGCUUUUAUUUUAUUGGAGUUUCCAGGCAGACAGUAAAAGUGGAAAUGCACAUUUCAGUGCUUGUACAAGAGGUGUGUCUUUUAAGAUGAUAAUGCAAUAACUCUUUUUCCUCAUCUUCAACAUAAAGAUAGCAUUUUAGUUUCAACAGAGGAAAUUUUCACAACUAUUUGACUACUGACUGAUCUUUUCUUCUGGCAAAACUAUUUAAAAAGACCAAAUAUUACCUUCUGUGAGGUUUGAACGACUUUUCACUAAUCUUGAUAGUUCAAAACAAGACAUUUCAUCUGGAUUUCUAACUUGCUAAACACGAAUGAAUCAUUUAAUUGAAAAAAUAGUCUGCAAAUUCCUUAAAAUUGAAUGUAUAACCCCCUCAAAUGCCCUUUUAAUAAUCAGUGGAAAAUGAAGCUUAAUAGUUAGUGAAAACCAAACAAAAGCAUCCUAACACUGUACAGGUAUUGUGUAGUGAAUCAGCUGUAGUGAAAUAAGAGUUUCUAUGUUGGCUGUUUACGAUUAUUUCCUGCUGUAAUACAAAAAGUCCAUUAACGGCUUCUGCCUCAUUAGCUGCACCAGUUUGCACAAAUAGCUUAGAGAGAUUAAGCGGCUGAUGUUUGUUUGUUUGUUUGUGUGUUUGUUAAAGGAUACAGAUAUCUCCCCAGCUCAGCGGGACGAGGCUGUGCGCUGGUUGACAGAGCUCCACGGCAGACUGCAGCUGUACCCAGAGACCCUGGUGUUAGCUGUUAGCAUCCUGGACCGCUUCCUCGCUCCCAUCAAGGUAAGAAAAACAAAAGCGCUUUUACUGCUUUUAGGCUAAUGUCACUUUGAGGGCCUAUAAGAGUGGAGCUGCUUUUGUUGAUCAUCUUCAGUUACUCUCUGAAACUAUAUAAACAAACAAAGCUUAAAUCCCCCAAAAGCUCAGGAUCGAGUUCUCCACAUAACAAAACUAAAACAACACAGACAUUGUUGCAAGGCUAAAACAUAAAAUCUAACAGCAAAAUAAUGAAAGAAAAGAAGAAAUAAGGAGAAGUAAAAAUCUACGUAACCCAAGGGAUAAGAAAAAUGUAUGAAAAUAUGAAUGUAGACUCAGACUGGUGACUUAGAGCUUGACUUCUGAGGAGAGAAAAUAAAUGUAGGUUCAAGUGUGUCGGGAGGUUUUGUCAGGUCAGAUAUAGUCAGUGUGUCAGUGGGAACUUCUUGAUAUGUUUGUCUGUGGUUAAUGCUGCUCCACAGCCACGGCGACCAGGAUAUCCUCAGAGCGGUCUGGCCCACAGUUGUGGACUUGUGAGCACACAGGAACAGUGUUAUUUCAGAGUGUCAGGUCAGGACAACGUCCCACUCCACAGACAGACAGGGAGUCAGUGUUUUUAGCCGAGGAAUAAAAUGUUCUCAGAUAAUCAGGAGCUGAACUUGGUGUAUUUCAGAUAAGACACAUUGUUCAGCACUGUGUGGUGAGGAAACUUCCGACCAAAGACAAAUACGACAGGGGCAGAAUUUUAUUUUCAGCUAGAGACUCAGCAUUUGUGCUUGAUCAGUGUAUGAGCCUUUGGUUUUAAGUCCUUUUGUGUCUGAUAAACACAGCCACUGUUUUUUUUUGUUCAUACUGUGUUCUGUAUCUUUAAGAGAAAUGUACCCAGCAUCUGAGAUCAUCACAAGAAGAUUUUAAACAUGCAGGGAAGAAAAGUCUUCAAAAAGGAUAAAGAAAAACUCACUCAGCAGAUUUGCUUUAUCUUGUAUUUUCACCGUGUCUUCCUCAUAUUUAGUCACAAGCCAAGGGUAGAUGCAUUGUUCUUAUUGCAAGUUCAAAGCACAUUUCGAGUCUAAACAAAAGAGUGAGUAAAUCGCAGAAUUUUCAGGUAAAAUGAGGUGAAAUGUGGUGUAACAUCAACACAUGCGAAUAAAAGCUUCUGAGUUCUCAGAAAGUGAGAACACAAAAUGAAAUACAAGUACAUAAAUUGUAAGGCAAAGAUUAGCUAGGGAAAAGAAUAAUAAAACAGAACAACACAAGAGAAGUGUAAACACCCUUGAGUCAUUUCUUGAGAAGCCUCUAUCAUCCUGGUCGUUGAAUCUUGAACCGCUGAAUCAAAUCUAGUUGCACCUUGUCUAUCGAUCACAUUACUUGCAGAGCUGGAAGCAACAGAGAGAAAGCCGGUGUAAAACGAAGGGAAACAUAAAGCUCUAACAUUCAUUUCCAGCUGACAUAAUGACAGCUCUGGGUCAGACUUUAUCAGCUGUAGCUCAUGAGCUGCAAAAAUGAAGCAAACAUUUGCUCUGUGCCUAUGUGAGACCUUUAUCAGUCCUCUUAAAAAGGUGUCUUAUACACACCAAAGGGGCAGAAAAAAGCUGCAGCAAAGCAACAAAACUGGGGACUGAUUCGGAUUGAUCAGCUGAUCUCGGUGGACUUAAGGACUCUGGUGUUAAAGGGUUGAUAAAACUUGAUCUAUAAUCUGAUUUACUGUUUGUCUUCAGGCCCGUCCAAAGUACCUUCGUUGCAUCGCCAUCGCCUGCUUCUUCCUGGCUGCCAAGACCUGUGAGGAGGAUGAGGUGAACACACACUCACACACACACACACACUCAUAUGCAUCAUCAGAAAGGAGACGCUUGUGUCGGCUGCACAGUUCCUGUCCCUAUUUUUCACACAUCGAUCCCUCCACUGAGACUCUAGAUAUAUGACAGCUCAGAUAAUUGAUGAUCAUUACUUUGGAGUAAAUUUUGAAAAAAAAAAUUGUAAAGCGAAAGGUGCACAGACUUCCAACAUCUUUAGUGUAAAACCACAACAUUUCAGGGAGCCAAAAUCCAACCAUGUGGAAUUAGUUUUGACAACAUCAUCGACCUUAUAUAAGUGUACAUAAGUUUCUUUCUUUAUCCUUUAAUUUCUCUUUUGUUUUUGUAUUUAUGACGCUGUAAUUUUGGAAUUUCCCCCUGUGGGACUCAUAAAGGACCAGUGAGAACUUACGAUAAGGAAACACAGGAGAGGGAAAUACCAGGGGACAGAAAAUGAAAUCAUUAUUUUCUUUGUCCUGCUUCUUUCACACUUAAAAUCAGAGCAUAAACAUCCAGGUUGUCUAUUGUUUUGUGCUUAUAACUUUGGGAUUCGAUAACUUUGGGUAAUGUGCGACCCCGUCACUGACCACUCAGACUAUGAAGACAAACACUCGUGUGAAAUAAUCCAAACAAAUGUUGAGUGUAAAUAUUCCUGUAUUUAAGUAACAGAAGAAUCUAUACAGCUAACAGGUUUCAUAGAAAUGAGGAUGCAUCAAGGGUCAGUCGUGUUGAACUUAGUGCCACUUGGGUAACCGUGUGUGUGUUCGUGUGUGUGUCUGUAUUUGUGUGUGUGUCUCUCAGUGUGUGCCCUCUCUGAAGGAGCUGGUUGCCUCCAGCAGCUGUGGCUGUUCUCCUUCAGAGAUCCUGAGGAUGGAGCGGAUCAUUCUGGACAAACUGAACUGGGAUCUGCACACCGCCACAGCACUGGACUUCCUGCACAUCGUAUGUCCAUCACAUGCACACACACAUACGCACAAACAAAAACAAAUGAAACAGUUAAAAUGAUGUUGAUAGCUUGUUAUUCAAAGACUCUUUUUACAGUCUUAGUGUAAGAGAAGUUAGUCCUGUCGAGUGUUGGUGGUUGUAAAUUUUUACUAGUUUAGCUAGUGACACCUGGUGGUGAGAAACAGUUACUGUUUACCUCCCUGCAGGAUUGUGUUGUGUUUUUAAAGCUUUUGCAAAUUUUAUUUAAGUUUAAUUCUGCAUUUUUGCAUCAAUGUAACAUGAUUUCUCUGUAUUGCUAUAAUUUUGUGGAUCGUUCAUAUCUGACUUAAAGAAACAAUAGAAAAAUCUUAAGCAGGAACAAAAAAGUUGAAAAAAUGAAUAAAACUACAAAAGGUUUAAAAAUUCAGACAGAAUUUUUUUGAAGUUUUCCAGCUCUGAUCAGUUUGGUUCUAUCUGAUGUUUCACUUUCUAACAGGGCGAGGUUUGGUUGGGGGUUUUACUCUGAGAUAAUCUAAAAUGGCCUCAUACAUACAGCAGUUGUCAAUAGUUUUUUUCCACUUGGUUAAGAUUGAAUUUGUGUUUGCCAAAUGUUUGAAACAGAGUACGACGUGCUGAUUUGUCUCACUCUGUAUUUUCUCCUCCUCUCCUCCUCCUUAAGUUCCACGCCAUGGUCAUGUCUUGUCGUUCUGGGUUUUUGGAGUCCAUGCUGCACCUGAACCGCUCCCAGCACCUCUCCAUGCUCACACGGCGACUCUACCAUUGUCUGGCUGACCACACACUCAUACAGGUGCACAUCCUCACUUUACCCUCACAGAUCCUCUGCCCUGCCGUAGUUACAUAGAAGCUGUCUCAGCUGGUCUUUUCACCCGUCUGAAAACUGAACAAGUUUGUCCCUCAUGUGUUCCUGUAGCUGAGAGGAUCCAUGCUGGCCUUGGCCCUCAUCACUCUGGAGCUGGAGACCUGCUGUCCCGACUGGCUGGCCCUCACCAUCGACCUGCUGAGGAAGGCACAGGUACCAAACUCGAUCUGCCCUCUGGUCAGUCAGAAGCUGUAAAUGUUCAGUGUGUGGAUCAUGUAACCAUGAGAAAGAGAAGUAGAAAUCUAAAAGCAGAAACUUGUGUGAAGAUAAAAGCAAAGAGGAAACUCCUGAAAAGCGUAAAUUUGGUUCCUAAAAAUGGAUUGUUGUUUGUUUGUUUAGGGUACUUGGAAAAAACCCAAAGCCCAGUUAUCCACAGAUGUCUUCUCCUAGAAAUUUGUGAUCCAGAUCUGUUAUGACACUAAAGAAUAAACAGUAAUCUAAUCUAAAAUUAUUGUGUUUCAAGUCUUCAUUCAUCCACACCUUUAGUUUUAGUGAAAAGCACCUGAUUGUUUUUUUCAAGAUAGCAGCCCUUUAUAUCCUUAAAAACAGCAAAGUCUAAAGGGCUAAAAAUGAACAAACAUUUAAUGAAAACAAAACUGCUCCUUCUUUUUCUCCUCAGAUUGACAGCUCAGAGUUGAUUCGAAGUCGAGAGCUGGUGGCUCGUAGUCUGUCCACACUGAGAGCUUCCCUGCCUCCAAACACUGUCUACAUCUACCAACCCCUGCAGAGCCAGACCACCCCUCAGCCCCCAGACCAGGAACCCUCGCUCCACUGCUGCACACUGGGUAUGUUUAAAGGGUGUUGAUAAUUAACGCUGCAUAUCUUUGAGUCAUGUACAGACCUGGAUAGCUCCAGAGGAUUGUCCAUAGUCAGUCCUUUAUGUUUGAAGUAUCUCUGCUGAUUUUCUUCUUUCCAGGGAUCAUCAACUCCACCACCGAGUCUUCCAGGGACCACAAUCCUCCAGAGCAGCUAACACCUGCCUCCUCCUCGGACAUCCCAGCGCUACUCUCUCCUCCCAAAAACCUGAGACAUCCUAACCACCUGCAGAAGGUCACGCUGCGCUGCAAGUCCUCCUCCAAACGCAAGGUAACCACCAUUUUAAGGCAACUGAUUUGCUAAAAGCUUACCAGCAUUUAAUGCCAACACCCAAUUAGCUUACUUAAUUGACUGUUGUUAUAGAUGGAUGAGUUUUCUCCACCUGCUGCCAUUGUACAAAAGUGAAGCCAAGAUAACCCUGGACAUUUAGAGCCAGUCUUUAUAGUCUAGAUCAGCCGCUGCAUCCACAGUACUGACACCCCUUUCAUCAACCAAAACACACAUUCAGCUCCCUGAUAAAACAACAAAGAUCCUUCAGAUUGGUGCAGUUUAUUUAGUGUGUUUACAUGGACUUGAGUUUCCCAGGUAGGAUCCUCAUCCUGGUUCUGAUCCUAUAUAGGACCUGGUUUUAACAUGUACACAGAGGAACAUGUUCACUCAUAUUCCUGUGCACAUAAACAUCCCAGUUUGUGAUUACUGCAUUUUAUCAGCACGGGCGCCUGUGAAGCUUCCUUAGUUGUCUUCCUGUAAAGGGCUCGGCAUCUGUUGUACUCGUUGAAGCCAACGUCAACACCACCGUCUGCUGUGGUGACUAAGCAUCCUGUUCUGUUGUUUGGUCAUGAAGAACGUUUCCUCAGUCCUAUCCAGUCCAGCUUGUUUGAAAAGCAGUGACUUGUAGCCUGUUGAAAGGCCAGAAUCAAUUAUAUUUGAUUCUUUCUUAAGCCAAAGACAAACCUUCCAAAAACAAGACUCUUUUGUUGAAUCUACCAUGUUUGCUUUGAUGAUGCGUCACUUAGUCCAGGCCCUCACCUAAGCAGGAAGUCCCUAAGUUGUCAGAAACCAGAGUAAGUUGUGUACAUGCUUUAGUACUGUAAAUCCUCCAUUAAUGACCAGCAUUUAGUUGUCCUCCAAGAUACUAAUAAUAAUGGAGAUUCUGAGGUAACAUCACUUGCACACAGGAGCAUUAAACCCUUAGGGCUCUAUUUUCGUGCCCACCGGUGGCACAGCGGAGGAUGGCGGACCCCGCGCAGUUGUAUUUUCGUCUGGCGGAGUCCAGCAUACAGCCAGUUUGGUAUUUUCAUAGGCUAAGGUGCACCAAAGUCCGCCAAGCUGGGCGUGGUGGCGCGGCAGGGGGAGGUGUCGACAGAAUCAGCUGGCACAGUGACAUUUUCAUGCCUGCCGGUGGCAUAGAAAGUGUGCUGAGAGAGUGUGGAGCGCGCCCUCUGCAGCGCUCACAGCGAUACUUGUUGAGGGGCUGCCUUCUGUCGCCAUCACAUGGCAUAGUGGUCUUCAGCCAUCCUUGGUCUCUUUGACUAUUUCACGAAAAUUGUAAUAUGCCUCGCCGGUGGCGGAUUUAAAGGUGAGAAGAGUACCUGAUCUGAUUGGCGAAAACAGGUCUCGGCUGUGUUAAACCCUCUCCAUGCCCUCUCUACGACUUAUGCUGCUGGGAGGAACUGAGUUAGGGAGGGGGGAUACUUACACCGGGCUCUGCCGCUCACCAAAAUACCAAAAUGUGCUUGGGCACUCCGGACCUAACUUACGCCGUGCCUACACCAUGCCGCUGGCAAGGCAGGAAAAUAGAGCCCAAAGUGUUUUGUGAAUAAUCUUAUGUAUCUUUGGCUGGGGUGAGUGAAUAAGACCGUCACUUUGUAGAAAGACUGAGAGGACUUGAUAUUAAGGUCUGUCUCUAAUAAAAGCCAGCUUCAAAUAAAGGCCUGUUACCUGAGGCAGCUAAAACAAAAGACCCUGCCUGUAUUUGAGGAUUUACGUUGUUUAAAUCAAAGAGGGUUUAAGGCGAAGGUUUUAGUCUGUCAGUGUAUGAAAUAGAUGAACUACAAUCCAACUCCUGACUCUCCACGUUUGUGUGUUCAGGUGGAGGAGAUGGAGGUGGACGAUUUCUACGACUGCAUCAAGCGACUUUACAAUGAAGACGUCACCACCACGGUCGUACAGGAGGGGGCAACAACUGCGAUGGGGGCGAUAGCAACAGGAGGUGGAGAAGGAGAAGGAGGAGGUCUGGGUGUCUGCAGUGUCCUGUUAACCCGACAGGAAGGCAGCUCCUCCCCCUGCCCGCCUCUGCAGCCAGUCAGUGCCUCCUAGAGACCAAACUGGUGCCAAAACCACCUCCACACCAACACCAAUCCUCCUGUUUUACUUUUGGAUUCAAGUUCUCCAAAUACAAGUCUCACACGGGUGGUGUGUCUGGCAACAUUUGAUGAGCAACUCCUCCGGCAACAGUCAACAGUGAAAGAGAAAGCUUACGUUCAGUGUUCUCGUUUGCAUUAAAAGCAAUAUAAAGGCAGCUCCUCUGGAAAAGUUGCUCAUCAGAUUUGCCAGUGUCACAGUAAAGACAGAAAACAUACAGAUUCUAAUCAAAGUAAAGCAGUGAUAAAUGUGGUUUGGUGAUGGAGAUGAUUUUGGUUUCAGUGUAAACAACCCCGAGCUGUUCGGGUGUUCUGAGGUCAGCCGCCGUCGUCUCCUGCAGCUGGAAAAAACAGAGCCCCAAAAAAAGUUAAACAUUCAAAAACUAAAAAACGUGCUGCUGCUACUAUCUUAUUAAUUAUAUUUGUUGAGCACAAACACAAUAUUACAAAAACUAAAAAAAAAAGUACCUUCAGAAACCUAGAAUUGACUUCUUAACCUCCUGUAAUGUCUCACUCUCCACAUUGUUUGUCAUCUUAUAUUUGUUUUUCACAUCUUCACCUCUCUCAUUUUCAUGUCUAUGUUUUUAUUCCAUCGUUCUCCUUUCCUCUUCACUCUGCAUGUUUUCAUCUCUAUUUAUAACUCCAGAAAAAUGUAUGAAUGUUGCUCUGUAGACGAUAAUCAGUAAUCCUCGGCCAGAUAGAAGUGUUUUUCUUUUCAAGUGAAGUGUAAUUUGAUUGUGAAUAAGAUGCUAAUAUAAAAAUCCCUCCUAUGAAUCCCUCUGUUUUUCCCUCUCAUCUAAGCGUGUUGUAACAGAUCAACUGAACUCAACUUUCUCAUGUUGUUUGUUUUAUUCACCCACAAGCUAAAUCCUGAAAUUUAACAAAUUGUCAGUUACCAACAACCAGCUCUCUUCAAGUGGAGCUCACAUAAGUCUGUUACUGUUCGUCUGAGGAAUAAAUAAGCUGCGUUACAUGCAGCACUUUCUGAAACACUCAGCAGGGGUGAAAGCUGUGAUGAAAUAAAACAACACUGAGUAAGUUCAGUUAUUUUAAACUAAGAAACAGAAGUGACAAUCUUCAUGUCGAUGCUUAGAAUCAUCUAAAACAACACGCUCUGUUUUUAUCUCUUGAAGUUCUGUUUAAUAUUUUUUUUUCUUCCUGCAAAAAGCUCUGUUGUUUCUGCUGUAGGAGCUGCUGGUGGCUGCUUCAGGUCCCUGAAUGCACCACAAUAAAGAGAUAAGAGAAUGAAAACGGACCGAGCUCUCUGUCUUUAUUUUAUCACAUAAAA